ACACCCUCAAUCGUUCUUUUUGUGUCCGAAAACGUGUGCUGCGCACUUUCCCAGGGUUUUGCUAGCUACCCGCUAUGAGCCAGAAGACCCAGAAAACGGUACAGUUUCACGAGUUGGAGCUGGACCAACGCAUCCUCAAGGCGGUGGCUCAGCUGGGAUGGCAUCAACCCACGCUCAUCCAGUCCACGGCGAUUCCGCUGCUCUUAGAGGGCAAGGAUGUGGUAGUGCGUGCCCGCACCGGAUCUGGCAAGACGGCUACCUACGCCUUGCCUCUGAUCCAGAAAAUCCUUAACUCCAAACUAAACGCCAGCGAGCAGUGUGUGAGCGCAGUCGUUCUGGCACCCACAAAGGAACUUUGCCGGCAGUCUAGGAAGGUGAUCGAGCAACUGGUCGAGUCCUGCGGCAAAGUGGUCCGCGUUGCGGAUAUUGCCGGUAGCUCUAGUGACGCAGUGACCCAGCGGCAUGCCUUGGCCGAAAGACCUGAUAUCGUGGUGGCGACACCUGCAAAACUAUUGGCCCAUGCCGAAGCCGGAGGUGUUGUGGAUCUGAAGCACGUAGAGACUCUAGUGGUGGACGAGGCUGAUCUGGUGUUUGCCUUUGGCUACGAAAAGGAUUUCAAGCGGUUGAUCAAGCACCUUCCUCCUAUCUACCAAGCUGUCUUAGUCUCUGCCACACUAACCGACGAUGUGGUACGUAUGAAGGGUUUGUGCCUGAAUAACCCGGUGACGUUGAAGCUCGAGGAGCCGGAGCUAGUGCCGCAGGAUCAGUUGACACACCAGCGCAUUCUUGCUGAGGAGAAUGACAAACCGGCUUUAUUGUUUGCUUUGCUAAAGUUAAGGCUCAUACGCGGAAAGAGCAUCAUCUUUGUGAACAGUAUCGAUCGUUGCUACAAGGUUCGCUUGUUCUUAGAGCAAUUUGGAAUCCGUGCCUGCGUAUUGAACUCCGAGCUGCCUGCCAACAUUCGCAUCCAUACAAUUAGCCAGUUCAACAAAGGCACCUACGAUAUCAUCAUCGCCUCUGACGAACAUCAUCUGGAGAAGCCUGAUGGCAAAUCCUCAGCCAACCGAAAAACGACGCGUAGCGGGGAUAUUGAAUCUAGUGCUUCACGUGGCAUUGAUUUCCAGUGCGUAAACAACGUGAUAAACUUUGACUUUCCAAGGGAUGUCACGUCGUAUAUUCACCGGGCUGGCAGGACGGCAAGAGGGAACAACAAGGGCUCUGUAUUAUCAUUUGUAAGCAUGAAGGAAGCCAAGGUGAACGAUGCCGUGGAGAAAAAACUAUCUGACAGCUUCGCCGUCCAGGAGGGCGAGCAAAUCAUCAAAAACUACCAGUUUAAAAUGGAGGAGGUAGAAUCCUUCCGUUAUCGUGCCCAGGAUUGCUGGCGUGCCGCCACUCGUGUUGCCGUUCACGAUACGCGGAUCCGGGAAAUAAAGACCGAAAUUCUGAACUGCGAGAAGCUUAAGGGAUUCUUUGAGGAAAAUAAGCGCGAUUUGCAAGCGCUGCGGCACGAUAAACCACUUCGCGCUAUCAAGGUGCAAAGUCACUUGUCUGACAUGCCCGAAUACAUAGUCCCGAAGGCUCUCAAGCGAGUGGUAGGCUCCGCCACAUCCUCAUCUGGCAGUGGAGCUUCGGAAUCCAAACAACCACGCCAGUCGGCAGCCAAAGCUGCUUAUGAGAGACAGAGCAAUGACCCACUGAUGGUAAGUCAGGUGGACUUUGGCAAGAGGCGUCCUGGCCCCCGGAGAAAAAAAAAGGCAUUCUAGGGGAGCAACUGUCACUGGGGAAGCUUGUUAUAUAUAGUCGCUAUAAUGUGUAAGCAGAACUUGUUAAAUUAAGCAAAACGUUACUGUGUGUGCGUUUUUUAUCGAAAACAAUCAAAUACAAAAAGUGGAUUUUUUACA